AUGGAUUUCUCUCUUAAAAAAUCAUUCAAAGCCAACGGCUCUUUCAAACACAUCAGGGGAUUUUCUGGUGGUGGAGGGGCAGCCAAUGAUUCUAGCAUCAGCCAUGAAGAGAUGCCUAUUCUCCACCACCAUCAAUCAGAUGUUCUAACUGACAUUCAACGAGAAACGUCAAUAGGUUCAAAUCAUCAUAAUGAGGUAAUUGUCAAGGUCAAGGAUGGCAAUUCCAGCUCAGAAGAAAGUGUUAGUAGUGGUGGUAAGGUUAACAGGGAACCAAGUUUUGGUUUUACGCAAAAUGGGGAACAGGACAUGAUGCAAGAUCCGCCAUCGAAGCUGAUCAGUCAGUUCUUGGAAAAUCAGAAAAUCUAUGGUGGCGGGGAGAUUUCAUUGGACAUGGACAUGGAAAUGGAUGAACUAAAAGGUAAGCAAGGAUCAUCACAUGUAGCAAACUCGUCUUCUUCUCCAGGAUCUCUAGGGACUAAGCAAUUCUCAAGAGAAAUCCGUGUGUCGUUCGAACCGUCUUUCUCUGGUGACAGCAUUAAUAGCGCAGCCGAGUCUGUUAGAAGGCGAUGCAAAGAGAAUGGUUCAGUCAAUUCUCAUAAACAAGAGGAUGGUUCGGUCAAUUCUCAUCAACAAAAACGAGAACAAAGAUGCGAAGAAGUUUUGAAGUGCUCGUCUAAUGCAUCCUUUCGGAGAGAAUCCCGUCUAUUGUCAAGAUUGAAAACAAAAUCAAGACUUAUAGAUGACCCUUCGCCAGAGGAAUUGGAGAGAAUGUCAGGGAGGAUACCGAAGUCUGGACCGAUGAAAUCCGGGAUGUUAAGUAGGGUUUUGGACGAUGAAGAGGAUGAGGAUCCAUUAGAGGAUGAGGACUUACCGGAGGAGUAUAAGAAGGGCAAGUUAAGUACACUGAUUGUGCUCGAAUGGUUGAGUUUGAUUGUGAUUGUAGCUGCAUUGGUGUGCAGUCUUUGUAUUCGUGCUUUAAGGAAAGUAAAACUUUUGAACCUUAAAUUAUGGAAAUGGGAGGUUUUGUUGUUGGUUUUGAUAUGUGGAAGGUUGGUAUCAGGAUGGGGGAUUCGUUUGAUAGUGUUUUUCAUUGAAAGAAAUUUUAUGUUGCGGAAGAGGGUUUUGUAUUUUGUUUAUGGAUUGAGAAAGGGAGUGCAGAAUUGUUGGUGGUUAGGGCUUGUGUUGUUGGCAUGGCACUUUUUGUUUGACAAAAAGGUUCAAAGGGAUACUAAGAGUGAAAUUCUCAAAUAUGUUACUAAAAUCUUGGUUUGUUUUUUGGUGGGGAAUUUCAUAUGGUUGAUUAAAACUUUGGUGGUUAAGGUUCUUGCUUCAUCUUUCCAUGUUAGUACCUAUUUUGAUAGGAUUCAGGAGUCACUCUUCAAUCAAUUGGUGAUUGAAGCAUUAUCAGGUCCACCAUUGAUUGAAAUACAAAAAGCUGAGGAGGAUGAAGAGAGGACUGCUGCCGAGGUUCGUAUGCUGCAAAAUGCUGGGGCUCCUUUGCCUCGAGAACUCAAGGCAGCUAUCUUCCCAUCAGCAAAGAGUGGAAGGUUGAAUGCGAAUAGAGGAACGCAGAAAACUUUCACAGCAAAAAGCUUUAAAUUUUCUGGGAACCUUUCACAAAAGGGGGAGAAAAAAGGAGAUGAGGGGAUCACGAUUGACCACUUGCAUAAACUUAAUACCAAGAAUAUUUCAGCUUGGAAUAUGAAAAGGUUGAUAAAACUUGUGCGGGAUGGUUCAUUGUCCACUUUGGAUGAGCAGAUACUAGAUGCUGCUUCUGAGGAUGAUCCCACGAGACAUAUCAGAAGCGAAUACGAAGCUAAAGCCGCAGCAAGGAAGAUUUUUUAUAAUGUGGCUUGCAAGGGUUCAAAGUACAUCUACUUGCAGGAUUUGAUGCGCUUUUUGCAAGAAGAUAAAGCUCUGAAGACAAUGGGUUUCUUUGAAGAAGCAUCUGAAACCAGCAGAAUCAGUAAAUCAUCCCUGAAGAACUGGGUGGUCAAUGCUUUCAGGGAAAGGAGGGCCCUUGCUCUAACAUUGAACGAUACAAAGACUGCUGUGAACAAGCUGCAUCAGAUGAUAAACGUAGCAGUUGGCAUUGUUAUAAUUGUGAUCUCCUUAGUCAUACUUGGAAUUGCCAAAAGCAAAUUUUUUGUGCUUCUAGGAUCACAGAUUCUUGUUGUGUCUUUUAUUUUUGGAAAUACUGCCAAGACAUUAUUCGAGUCGAUUAUCUUCUUGUUCGUUAUUCAUCCAUUUGACGUUGGAGAUAGGUGUGAGAUAGAUGGAGUCCAGCUGAUAGUGGAGGAGAUGAACAUUCUAACAACAUUUUUCCUUAGAGCUGACAACCAGAAAGUUUUAUAUCCUAAUAGUGUUCUUGCAAGCAAACCAAUCGGAAACUACUAUCGUAGUCCUGACAUGGGCGAUUCGGUCGAAUUCCACAUCCACAUAUCCACUCCGCCCGAAAAGAUUUCUCUUAUGAAGCAGAGAAUAACAAGUUACAUUGAAGGCAAGAAAGAGCACUGGUAUCCUGAUCCUUCAUUUAUACUCAAGGAAGUGGUAGAUUUGAACAAGCUGACGGUAGCAGUAUGGAUUAGGCAUAGAAUGAACCAUCAAGACAUGGGAGAGAAAUGGAAAAGAAGAGCUCUUCUGAUAGAAGAGAUGGUGAAAAUAUUCAUGGAGCUUGACAUUCAAUACCGCUUAUUUCCUAUUGACAUCAACAUCCGUGCCAUGCCUCUCCCUGAAAAAAAUUAUCGCCUGUCCUAG